AUGGUGGUGUUUUGCUUUUUGGUGGAUCAAAAACGUAAGGUGAAGAGAACGAAGCCGGUGGCGGGAUCGUGUUCGAGAUGCCGGCGAGGAGCAAGUGUGGCUGAAAUCAUAACCAAAACCAGAUUCUGUCAUAUCCCAUUUCACCGGAGAUCUUACAAGGCUAUUCUUUGCACUUUCUGUGGUGCCACUCUUAAAACCUAUCCAUGA